GCGUGCGUCGGGCCCGUGGCGCGGAGAGGGCGCCCCCUGCCGUGCGGCGCUCAGCACGGGCGCGGAGCCUCCCUCGCGCAGCGCCGGGCCCCGCCAUGGUCGGCCGGGAGAAGGAGCUCAGGAUCCGCUUCGCGCCGGGACGCUGCGAGCUCGUGGAGGAAGAUGUUGAUGUUCCCAGUAGGCGAGUUUUGAUCACUGGUGCUACGGGACUUCUUGGCAGAGCUGUAUUUAAAGAAUUCAAUGAAAAUAAUUGGAACGCAGUUGGUUGUGGAUACAGGAGAGCUCAGCCCAGAUUUGAACAGAUUAAUCUUCUGGACUCUAUUGCAGUUCAUGACAUUAUCCAUGAUUUUCAACCUCAUGUUAUAGUGCACUGUGCUGCUGAGAGAAGGCCAGAUGUUGUAGAAAGUCAACCAGAUGCUGCUUCUCAGCUCAAUGUGGCUGCUUCAGCAAACUUAGCAAAGGAGGCAGCUGGAGUUGGAGCAUUUCUGAUCUACAUUAGUACAGACUAUGUAUUUGAUGGAACAAGCCCUCCAUAUAAAGAGACUGAUGUACCAAAUCCCCUGAAUUUAUAUGGUAAAACCAAACUGGAGGGCGAAAAGGCAGUUCUGGAAAACAAUGAAGAAACUGCAGUACUUAGGAUUCCUGUCUUGUAUGGAGAGGUGGAAAGACUGGAGGAAAGUGCUGUGACAGUAAUGUUUGAUAAAGUACAGUUCAGUAAUAAAUCUGCCAACAUGGACCACUGGCAACAGAGAUUUCCUACCAAUGUCAAGGAUGUAGCAGCUGUUUGCAGACAACUGGCAGAGAAGAGAAUGCUGGACCCAUCAAUAAAAGGUACCUUUCACUGGUCUGGCAAUGAACAGAUGACUAAGUAUGAGAUGGCCUGUGCAAUUGCAGAUGCUUUCAACCUUCCCAGCAGCCACUUGAGACCAAUUACUGAUAGUCCAGUUGUGGGUGCUCUUCGUCCGAAGAAUGCUCAGCUGGACUGCUCCAAGUUGGAGAUGCUGGGGAUAGGUCAGAGAACGCCAUUUCGAGCUGGGAUCAGAGAAUCACUUUGGCCUUUCCUUGUUGACAAGAGAUGGAGACAGACAGUCUUCCAUUAGUUUGUAACUUUUCUAGUAAAAGUAUGGUAUGUGGCACUUUUUUAAAAGAAAAAAUAGUUUUGUAUGAGUGUUCUUAAAUUGUGACAUUUAUGAGCUUUCAUUUAAUUGGGUAAACAAAUGGUCUUGCACUAGUGAAACUUAGCCUAAAAAAUGUUCAGUGACAAAAACUGAGCCUAUUUGAUGUCAUGGGUUUUUCCCUCCAUUUGUACCAGUCUAACUUAGUAUCUGUUCUUGGUGGAUUGAGGUUCUUAGUAAUGAGUACUGUGUGAUGCUAAGAAUGACUCGGAUCACUUGCUGACUUACUUUUGGCUGAAAUAUAUUGUUGAUGCUUAAGGUCUGUGCCAUUGUUGUAUAUACCAUUUCUCUUCAUUAAAAGACAUGGUCAGUUACUUUAUCACCAAAAAUCUGAGGGUUUUUUUUUUUUAAUUUCUGAAGGUGGUGUUCUUAGGAAGUUAAGCUGAAGUAGGAAUCCUUAAAUGUUUGUUUUGCUUGAGCUCUGAUCAAAAUGUUUUUUAAAAAAGUGAGGCUUUAUUUUUGCAAUUACCAAGUGUACUUUUUAUGCUUGAAAUAUUUUCAGAAUGUUCUGUAAAUUGAAUGCCUGCAGCUUUGUAUUUGUACAGUAAGUUGUAUGCAUUUGUUUUCAUGGUGACUUAUGGGGGAGGGUGAGGAUGGUGGGAAACCAUUAGUUUUGACCUGGGGUUUUUUUGGGUGGGGGAUUGGAGUUGAAGGAUUUUUUUUUUAUUUUUUACUGGGUGGUUAUUUGUUUUUUUGUAUGAAAACACAAAAUAUCUUCAUCCUUCCCUUCCCUUUGUGGGGACAGCAUUUGCAACUUGUUAAACUAAUGGAAGAUCUUUGUUAGUCAGUACAUGGGAGAUGGAGAGGAAAGAAAAAAAGAAAAAUAGUUUGUAGCACUGCAGCGGCUUUUGCACAGAUUGUCAGACCUAACACCACUGCAGCUUCUUCUGGAACAGCAAGGUGUAUGUGAUGAAGGUUUGAAGCAUAAUAAAACUGCAAUAGUCUAAUAUAAGACAGUCUUUAAAGCUAGACUCAAUAGCCAGGUCAUGUGGAGGAAGAACAUUGUAAAGCUUUGCUUCCUUUUGAAGUUGUUGAAUCAACAAUAUAAAUGUUCUGAUAUUGCUAGCAGAUUAUUAGUAGAGCUAGUAAAAGGUGCAAUUGGAUGAUCAUUUAUUUUUCUGAGGCUGAAAUGAAGGGGAAGGGAAAGAUGUUUAGAUUUAAUUUUUUUUUAAGUGUAUGGGGGAGACACACAAAAAUAGACCAAUUGAAGGUCUUGUAAAGGUCAGCUUCACAUUCAGUCAUUUCAUUUCAACUGGCAUAUGCUAAGCAUUCAUAAUCCCAAUUUGUUUUUAGUCUGAAGUCCUGAUACACACAUGGUAACCUAUUUCCAAAAUUACAAUAAAUAUAUAUUGCCAGCAUGA